GUCGUGUGUUGAACACAUGUAUUUAAAGCGUAGUAUAGGCUGUAUAGCCCAGCCUCUCUGAUUCGGUUCCGCAGCAUGUAUAGUAAACGUUGAAGUUGGAUCUUCGUUUAUUAUCUGGGCUUUUGUUUUGAUGGUUGCAACUUGCACGUGUGGAUCGCAACUCAAAGCUCUCAAUAUGUAAUAGUCAAUACGAUACAAACCCACUGUGGGAUAAAUAGGCACAACCGACUUCGGGUUGUAUUAGAGGUGACUUCUAAUUGCGCUGUGGGCCAUGUACCGACGAUAUCAUAUAUACAUGUACUUGUAUAAGUGCACGUGCAUACUAGAAGUACAUAACAAUGUAGUAAAGGAAGUAAACCGAUAUUUGACCUAUUUGAACGAACUCUUAUAUAUCCGUUUAUUAUGGCCACAACACUAUACCUGGGAUUUGGAGGUGACAAGAGACUACCAGGCUGCCUACCCGACUGAGAGACUCUGUACUUCAUCGAUCUGAUUGAUGAAACGUCGUUCCCGGAUGACAUUGAUAGCUAUAUAGACGUGCUCAGGCCUUAUAUCAGACACAUGUACAAAAUAUCUAUUACCUGGGACCCCAAUUGGUCGGUGGAUUUCGGACGGUUGGAGAUGUUUUCUGGGACUAUUGUCGGGUUUAACAGCGACUAUAAUCUCCAAUUCCCUUUCGAAAUUAAGUACGUAACCACUUUACUGAUAAAGAACACACCGAUACCUGCCAACCAUCAACGAUUACUCAACGUUAUGGAUAAAAGAACACCGAAAUGGCGGUUUUUAUCGAAUUGCGACGCUAUUUUGCGGUAUAAAAGCUUUGUUGACCUAAGGUUCUGCUCUUGUCUCUCAUUGAGGAUGGGCAGGCAAAGGCUUGUAUACUUGGAGAUGAUCAAGGAUGUUGGGGCCGAUUCUAUUAAAUGUGCUUGUGCGUGGACGGUGCUCUUACUACCCGAGAAGAACUUUUACAUGCACUGGCAGAUGCCAGUUAUAGAGAUACGAUUGAAAAGCAGCCCUGUAAAUAGCUGCUGUAGAUGCCGCCCGCCCCACACCCCCCCCCCCUAUGAGAAAGGUAUCCCGGCUGAAGUCGCGAUAAUACUGAAUGAAUGCGACCUACACAGAGAGCAAAUAAUCUUUCGAAAUAUAUUUUCAUAUGGUCCGAUAUAAACCUGGCGAUGUAG